AUGGAGGCUAAGGAAGAAGAACUGAGGAAGAGUGGGGAGGCCAAGUAUGCCCACCUGAGUGACGAGCUGCAUGUAUUAAUUGAAGUGUUUGCUCCACCUGGGGAAGCUUAUUCACGGAUGAGUCAUGCUUUGGAAGAGAUUAAAAAAUUUCUGGUUCCUGACUACAAUGAUGAAAUUCGUCAAGAACAACUUCGGGAGUUGUCUUACUUGAAUGGCUCAGAAGAGUCUGGCCGAGGCCGAAGUAUUCGAGGCAGAGGGAUCAGAUUAACUCCCACAGCUCCAUCAAGGGGCCGUGGGGGUGCUGUUCCACCACCACCACCACCUGGACGAGGUGUUCUGACUCCUCGGGGGACUACUGUAACCCGCGGAGCUCUUCCAGUGCUCCCAAUAGCAAGAGGUGUCCCGACACCUCGAGCCCGGGGGACAGCAGCAGUACCAGGAUACAGAGCACCCCCACCUCCAGCUCAUGAGGCUUAUGAAGAAUAUGGGUAUGAUGAUGGCUAUGGUGGUGAAUAUGAUGACCAGACCUAUGAGGCUUAUGAUAAUAGCUAUGUGACACCAACACAAAGUGUGCCUGAAUACUAUGACUAUGGUCAUGGAGUAAAUGAGGAUGCCUAUGAGAGCUACGCACCGGAAGAAUGGGCCACAACUCGCUCCAGCCUGAAGGCACCACCACCAAGGUCAGCCAGAGGGGGAUUCAGGGAACACCCCUAUGGUAGAUAUUGA